AUGUCUGCCAGCAAACUCGGCCGGGCCCUGGCAAAGGGCGUGGGAAUCGAUGUUGACUAUAGAAAGGAGCCCCGGGAGUCGAUGCGCACAGCUGCAGAGUCCAUACGGUCGCUAGAGCACUUUGACGAAGAUGAGCCAUCGGCAAAGGAGUGGUUGAUGAACCAUAGGCCUACAGCGAAGGGCGCAGUCGACUACCUCAAUUCUCUCUUCCCCUUCUGGAACUGGAUCUUCCACUACAACACCCAAUGGCUCAUGGGUGAUAUCAUCGCCGGUGUCACUGUUGGCUUUGUUGUCGUACCUCAGGGCAUGGCUUAUGCUCUGCUCGCCAGGCUCCCCCCAGAAUACGGACUGUACACCUCUUUCGUCGGCUUCAUCCUCUACUGGGCCUUUGCCACUUCAAAAGAUAUCACCAUCGGAACCGUCGCUGUCAUGUCUACCAUCGUCGGCAACAUCGUCACCAAGGUCCAAGCGAAGGAGCCUGAUAUUUCGGCCCCUACUAUUGCCCGAGCCCUCUCCCUCAUCGCUGGUGGGUUCCUACUCUUCAUUGGCCUCACCAGACUCGGCUGGAUAGUCGAAUUCAUCCCUUUGGUUGCUAUCACCUCCUUCAUGACUGGUGCCGCCAUCUCUAUUGCUGUCGGCCAGAUCCCGGCUAUGAUGGGCCUCCGGGAGGUAAACAACAGAGAAUCAACUUACAAGGUUUUCAUCAAUGUCCUCAAGAACCUGGGUCAUACCAGACUUGAUGCUGCCAUGGGCUUGAGCGCUCUUGUUGUUCUCUAUGUCGUUCGCUUCUUCUGCAACUACAUGUCCCAGAGACAGCCUAACAGGCGCAAGAUGUGGUUCUUCAUCUCUACCCUGAGAAUGACGUUUGUCAUCUUGCUCUAUACUAUGAUCAGUUGGCUCGUCAACAGGAAUGUCACCGACUACAAAAAGGCCAAGUUCAAGAUUUCUCGGGACCUGUUCCAAAGGAUUGAGGGAAGACUCGUGAAGGCCCUUUUGCCCCCCGAUCUUCCAGCGACUAUCAUCGUGCUUAUCAUCGAGCACAUCGCCAUUUCCAAGUCGUUUGGCAGAAUCAACAACUAUGUUAUCAAUCCAUCCCCAGGAGCUCGUCGCUAUGGGAUUCUUCACAUCUUUGGUCCCUUCCUAGGUGACUAUCCAGCCACCGGAUCCUUCUCUCGAGCAGCUAUUAAAUCCAAGGCUGGUGUCCGCACUCCUCUUGCUGGUAUCUUUACUGCCGUCAUUGUCCUUUUAGCCCUCUAUGCCCUUACCUCCGUCUUCUUCUACAUUCCCCUUGCCAGUUUAUCUGGUCUCAUCAUUCACGCCGUCGGUGACCUGAUCACCCCUCCCAAUGUCGUCUACCAGUUCUGGGAAGUCUCGCCACUUGAAGUCUUCAUCUUCUUUGGAGGUGUGCUGCUCACUAUCUUCACCGAAAUCGAGAACGGCAUAUACCUCACCAUCGCUGCCUCCGCUGGUCUGCUGAUCUAUCGCAUCGCCAAAGCCAAGGGGACUUUCCUCGGUCAGGUCAAGGUCUAUCGAGUCACCAAGGACGACAGCCUAAGAAAGAGCGAUAGAUUCGGUGAAGACACCAAGUUGACCUCCCGAGAUGCUUUCCUUCCCGUCGAGCACCAGGACGGCUCAAACCCACAGAUUGAGGCUCAAUCUCCCCAUCCGGGUGUAUUUAUCUACCGCUUCAACGAAGGCUUUACAUAUCCCAAUGAAGGCCGCUACCUGCACAACCUGACAGAGUACAUCUUCAAGGUUACCAGGCGCACCCAGCUCGAUGCCUUUGCCAAGCUCGGAGACCGACCAUGGAACGAUCCCGGCCCACGACGUGGCGAGGUCAUAAAUGUUCAAGACACCCGCCCCAUCCUCCGUGCCGUGAUUCUAGAUUUCUCUUCUGUCAACCACGUCGAUGUGUCCUCCAUCCAAGGCCUCAUAGAUGUCCGCAACCAGCUCGACCGCUACGCCGCUCCCGAGAUAGUGGAAUGGCACUUCGCUUGUAUCUCAAACCGCUGGACCAAGCGCGCCCUCGCCUCAGCUGGCUUCGGCUACCCAUCUCCCAAGGCCCCUGAGCUCCUCGGAAACUGGCGACCGAUUUUCAGUGUUGCUGCCGUGGGAGCUGAGGAGGUUGUAAAUGACAAGUCUGGUACAUCUCAUCGAGCCAACGCGUCGUCAAACCCAACUGCCCCCUCAGAUGACUUGGAAAUUGGCCAGGCACCGUCCUCCGAUGACGGCGAGUAUGAGGACGAGAAGACACGUGGCCAGAUUACGGUCACCCAUGUCAACAACGUCUCUAACUCCUUGCCCCGGCGGGUCGCAAAUGUGCACAGCAUCAACAGACCUUUCUUCCACAUCGACAUCCAGGCUGCUGUUGAGAGCACCCUGCUCAACAUUGAGACUAAGACUGCCUCCGCUAAGAACUCGACUACUCCCAGCAUCACCAAGGGCUUUGUUGAGUGA